CCUCCACCCUCCAAUCAACUUCGAGUUGAUGCCAUCCUCAAGAUCCCAGACAUCGACCAUUCAUUCGAGCUUGCUGUCUACCGAUAGCAUUGAGAAUACUUCCCCUCGCUUCAGCUGGUCUGUCAUUACUGUUGCUUCAUAUCAUCGCUUGGCUUGGACUAUCGAGCCGUCAAAGGCAACAGUCACCUCCAUCCUGUGUCUAGCUACUCUACAUGAGUGACGCGUCCGUGGAGUUUUGAGCUUUUCCUUCACAGCAGUGUCCUUAUCCCUGCAUCCAACCCUUUGGCAAGAGGUUCCUGCCAACUGAUCCGUCCGAUCUGAUUGCAUUUGUUGCACUGAAUGUGCAUGAUUCAUGCCUAGCUUCCUACAAAAGGAUGGCGAGAAAGAUCGACAAGACAACGAAUCCUGAGAAUGGGGCCAGUUUUCACAGGCAUCCCAUACCCACAACUUCCACCAUCCCACAACACAACAACUACAGGAGGCGCAGAAAGCCAGCCAAUGGGUACCUUUCAUCACUGAGAUCGACCAGUCUGCUGCAAAACUAUAUCCUAUUGGUAUCCAUUGCGAUAUCUUGGGUUGGGGGGGCCUAUUCAUUCAUCACACCUCCCAGGGCCGAGGUUGCCUUCGCUACCACUAAAGCAAUGAUAUUACCCCACCACAACCAGCCUUGGAAUUGUCAUUUGCGACGACCCUUUACUCUUUGGGUUAGGAAAGAAGCGGAAGAAUCUGCGACUUCAGAAACAGGUUCUGAUGAGGCUGACUGGCGUUCGAUGCUGUUUGCUUUUAAAAUGUACAAGGCAGCAUAUGGACAUCUCAAAGUACCCCUACGAUUUGUGGUGCCCUCGCUUGCUCCCUGGCCAGAAAAGGCAUGGGGAAUGAAACUUGGUCAAAGAGUGGCUGCCAUUCGAUCCACCGGUAAAUAUGUGAAUGAUGAAAAGCGUCGAAAGAUAUUGGACGACAUGGGAUUUGUAUGGCGUUUACGGUCUAGUUCGUCAGCGAAAGACAAAGAUGUUCCGGGGACAUCAUUUCAACAAAUAUACGAAGCACUUGUCACUUAUCGGGAGCAUGUUCAAAAGGGCAGCGAACCCAUCAACAUCCCCAACAACUUUGUAGUCCCUGACUGUGAUCCGUGGCCGGAGACUGUACGUGGACUGCCGCUGGGGAAAAAGAUGUCUACCUUACGAUCCAAGUCGUUCCUGGCGGCCAACCCUGGGGCAAAAGAAAAGCUCAAGGAGCUAGGUUUGCAGGUUAGUGGUAAGGUCGCUGCAAAUGAUGCUCGCUUCCAGCUUGUUUAUGAUGCGUUGGAGGCCUACAAAAAGAUACACGGAGAUUUGCACGUUCCGCAACCCUUUGUUGUUCCGGAAGGAUCCCAAGAAUGGCCCGAGGAUACCUGGGGUCUACGUCUUGGUGCCAGAGUCAAUGCCAUUCGGAGUCAGGGCACCUUUGUGAACUCAAAUCCAGAUCGGAAACAACUGCUCGAUGACCUUGGCUUUAUUUGGGCACCUCAUAACACUGACCGAGGCAAUAGAAGGGGCAGGCGCAGGAAAGAAGAUCAAGAAAAAUUGGAAGCGGAAAAGGUCGUCGACGCUGCAAGCACACCCAAACAAAGCAAAGCAGAUGCCGUGCCAGCCGACAAUUCAUUGCAGUCUCUCUUUGGUGAUUCCUUUGACUUUGACGAUAACUCUGCUGCAGCUGGAGGUGAAGGCGGCAAUGACACCCCACAGUGGGGUCUUGAGGCAGGCAGCUUUGAGGACGCCAGUAGAAAAGCAGAAGAAGAGGCACAAGCUGCAGAAGAAUACAAACCACCUAAAAAUCUCGAAGAGAGUCUCAAAGAAGCAGCUGAACGGGCUGUCUCUGUGGGCAUCAUCCGAGAAGACGAGUACAUUGAGAGGCGCCGAGUGGUAAAGGGGAAGAGGGAAAAAGAUAUUCCCUGGUUCAACGAUGACUUUGGCGACGAGUUUGUAUUCGAUGACGUUGUCGAGGCAUUGACCAUCUAUCGAUCGAUCUACGGAGACUUCUCCGGUCUCGUGAACGGGUCCACUUUUGUAAUACCAACCAACUCGGAAGAGUACUCUGAUGAUGGGUCAUCCAUGGAUGCACUUGGAUACAACGACAUGAAUUCCCGUGCGGCAUCUGCUCUUGCCGAAGCAAGGCGAAGAGUGGUUGGCGAACAGGCAUCUCUGUAUGACGAGUUGGAGGAAUUGACUGAAAUCGGUGAACUUGAUAGCAAUGGGGUAGUGGCUCCGGAAGCAUCUGCCGAAGACUGGCCGGAGCAUCUGGGCGGAAUGAGGCUCGGCAGUAUCGUAGAACGCAUUCAAGACGGUAGUCUUGAAGUGAAACACUUGCCUGAACGAAAGAAGAGGUUGGACAAGUUGAAGUUUGAUUGGGGAGACCCCGAUAAGUUCAUUGAUAUUCCGUUUGAAAAGGCCAUGUGUGCCAUGUUCGCCUAUUAUUUGGUGAGAGGAGAUAUGUUCGCUCCGAGGGAUUUCGUCAUGCCGGACGAAGAGCCCUGGCCGCUCGCAUUGGCAGGUUACAAAGUUGGCGAGGCAGUUCAUCGUAUUCGCGAACUCCAAUAUUUCUUUGAAGCUUAUCAUCUUGAAAAAGUGGGUCUUCUUCGCAUGAUUGACUUCUUGUGGUUCCCAGAGAUGGCAGAACCUUUGGAUCCCAAUCAACCAGAAGUGACAAUCGAGCAAAUUCGCUUAACCUCGCGCGGACAUCCAGACAUGGAUCUUCGACCAGACGAAUGGCCCCCUGGAAGACGUGAAGCACUAGAUGCUGCCGGUCCAUUCUCUGAUACGGAGGAGUUUUAUGAACUCUGGCGCAGGUGGCAUAACUGGGAGUACGUCAAAGAUAUUUGGUAUGAAAAGGGGCGACGCGACAAUGCCUUCUACUUGAGGAAAAAAGGGUAUCCCCAAAUGGCGGAAGAACACGAGGCGAAGUACGGACCUGGACUUUUUGCCCAAAUCAAUGCAACCAUGCAUGAGCUUGAUAGCGGUGCAAUGGACAGAACUGAUGAAGAGCGAUACGAGUUGUUGGAAAACGUGCAGUUUUACCGCCACGAAAUGACAAACUGUACGGAUAUCCCGUUCAUGGAAUUGAAGGAGAUGCUUCACAAAUUGGACCGACACAUUGUCGACCUGGCAGAAGGCCUUAAAAAGUACAUAGCAGCUAGGGAAGAAGAGGAGGCGGAGGAGGAGGAAGAAGAAGAGGAAUACGAGUACGAGGAGAUUGAUCUUCUCGAGGAGUUAAGUCUGGAUGCUGCCGAAUUCGAAGAAGAAGAUGAGGCGGCAAUGGAUGGAGAAGAUGACUCUGGUCUGGUUGAAGUGACCAAACGGUGACCGCUACUGGUCCCAUUUACAAUAGUUUGAUGGAGAAAUGAAUUGUAGAUGCUACUUUGCAGAAUUGAGCGGCCCUUUGGUUGCUCGUUUUUUGUUUCAUUAGCGAGUUUGGAGAGCAAUUUCUUAGGCAGCCCCACGAUUCCAGGUUCCAGAGGCUCAAACUUACUUGCAACCUUCAAUUCUCGACUCGACUCGUGGUGCCAACGCCCGAACCCGCACUGGCUAAGCUAAUAGAACCAUUGCCAAUUCCAACUCUCGUACAUGCAGUAGGAACAACAUCUUGGACCGACUCUAGGGUCGACUGUCACGCUUGGAACCAUCAAUUUAUAGGGUACGGUAAUCGGAAGAUCGAGUCUUCUACUGACUUUGGGUGCACGGAGAGCUCUCUGGUGCACAUUGCAAACUAGCAACUUGACCCAACGAUGGUGUUACCGGUUCUAUUCAGUUAGGCUAUGGUUCUUGUACCGUUAGCAGAGUUGUCAAUUAUUUGGAAACUAGACUACUUACCAUAAAGACUUAGGUUUGGAUUGCUUCUGCGC